UGCUUCUCCGAAGUCUGUCAAACUGUGUCUGUAGAAGUGAAAAUUGUGAAGAGGAAAGGACUAAAAUAAUAAACAUUUAGUUAGAUCAUUUUAACCAUAUUUUAGAUGUAUUCAAUUUACGCCACGGUGUAAAGGUGGAACUAAGCUAACAGCUUGCUCGUUCAGUGGCCAUGAUUUUAUAGAGGAACUGUAAAUAAUUUAUCAAAAUGUCGUCGUUUACCGGCAGUCUCAACCAAUACAUUCAAUUUGUGGAGCGCAUGUUUAGAACCUCUCAAGGGAUUCUCCUGGCGCGUCUUCUAUCUUUACGAGAUGAACAUGUUGGGAAUAGGAAUUUACGAUCGAGUGACAUCGCUUCUCUUGUCGAGGGGAACUGUGUUGCUCCGCUGGACGAAAUUAUCAUCAGUCAUCUGCUGUGUGUUAGAUCCCUAUACAUGAAAGACUUCAUGGAGGCCUAUACUCACCAGAGUGCGUGUGUAGCUGCAGUGGUGAAGCUGUUACAAGCUCAGAAAGAGGUGAACUGGGGGUUACAAUUGAUGUACACAGUGUGCCUGGAUCUUAGGCUUGUGGCACAGAGAGCUGAAGCUUGUUGCCCUCAAAGCAAUGGCAAGAUACUUGAAAAAGCUGCAGAGAGUUUGCUGGCUUGCUUUCGAGUAUGUGCUGCAGAUAACCGCUCAUCUGAUGCUGACACUAAGAGGCUGGGAAUGUUAACCCUUGUCAAUCAGCUCCUUAAAGUAUACUUUAGGAUUAAUAAAUUACAUCUGUGCAAACCCCUGAUAAGAGCGAUAGAUUCUUCACCCUUUAAGGACCAGUUUCCUUUAGCUCAACAAAUUACAUACAGAUAUUUUGUUGGACGAAAAGCCAUGUUUGAUUCAGACUACAGAUCUGCUGAUGAAUACCUAUCAUUUGCAUUCCAAAAUUGUCAUCGAAAGAGUAUUAAGAAUAAGCGACUAAUUCUUACCUACUUGGUGCCUGUAAAAAUGCUGUUAGGCUUCAUGCCAUCUAUACAUUUGCUGCAGAAGUAUGACUUGAUGCAGUUUUGGGAUCUUGUCUCGGCUGUAAAGAACGGUGAUCUGAGAGGCAUUGACCAAGUCAUGGAAGAGCAUGAGAGCUUCUUCAUUAGUGCUGGUAUCUAUUUAAUUGUGGAAAAGUUGAAGAUCACUGCCUAUAGGAAUUUAUUCAGGAAGGUUUAUGUCGCGGAAAAUACUCAUCAAAUUGAUAUAGCAAGCUUCCAAGCUGCUCUUCAAAUAAUGGGACAUGAUGAUGUAGAUUCUGAUGAAACACAGUGCAUUGUGGCAAACUUGAUUUAUGAUGGUAAAAUUAAGGGUUACAUUUCAUAUCAACAUAAGAAGGUGGUUGUCAGCAAGCAGAAUGCAUUUCCUCCUUUAUCUAGUUUAUAUUAGUUUAGCGAAGGCCCUAGCGGGGCGGAGCAAGCACAAGAUUCAGAUUAAAUAUGUUGCAUGUAUCAGACAGUAUAACAGAUAGCAAUCAUACAUUUUGGUGUCAACUUUACUAUUGAGACUUCGAUAGAAUUAUUCCAAAAUCCUUAUUCUUAUAUCUAUGAUUAAGUAUGUUUAUAGAUUCAAUCAUAUUGAUAAACUCACAAAUACAUUUUCCACAUUCAAUAAGUAAACUGCCAAAGACUAUGAUGCUAUCUCACAUAUUGUCUCAGGGUUUGGAAGUAAUAGAUGGUUAUUCCGAAUAUGGAAUUGAUUGCUCAGGAAUGUCUUGCUCCCCUCGCCAUUUAUUAGGGCCUUUAGUUUAAGAUAGUGUUAGUUAGAUGAUAGUAUUUUUGUACCAAUUUUGUACUUUGAUACAGUGAAGUGGUAAGUAGACCUGUCGGACAGUUGUAGCUGGCUUACGCACAAGUAGUGAUUUCUUUGUAAGAAACAGUGCUUAUUAUACUGGUGCAUGAUUAUUAUUGAUAGAAUUUAGUAAUUUUAAAUGUGUAUGCCUGCCUACUUUUGUUUUACAAUAGCCAUUGUAUAUUCUUAUUUUAUUCUCAAGUUAGGAAUGCUGCUUUUAAUGUGCCAAAGAAAAUAACUUUGAAGGUGUAACCCAUAUUCAUUAUUAUGGUGAGCUUUAUUGAAAUGGAAUAUCAUCCACUCACUUUUACCAAACCAUAUUUAGAUUGGUAUUUUACUUGUGAAACGAAAGUAGGCCCACUGGAAAAUUUACAACUCCAGUCAUAAAGUAUAAUGGAUUUUGAACUACAUAAUAUUUUGUAUUGCAUGUAGAUUAUAAUGUCGAAAGUUAUUAUGAAUAACAUUGUCAAUUUGCAGUGUUAUAGGCACUUUAAACAGGACUAAUGUUGCUGUGUUAGAUUUAGUCGCAACAGUUAAUCUCAAACGAAUUAUGUGAAAGUAUAUUACCCAAAUAUGUGAAAAUAUGUGUACUUAGAUGUACAAUUAACUUUUUAAACAUACACUUGUAUCAAUAGUAGAAAUGGUAUCAAAUAAAAUGAAUACAGAUAUACAACUAAACUCA